AUGGCACUUCUUCAGCUUAUUCUGGUUUUCAAUAUUCUCCUCUUAUUUGGGAGCUCAUUGAGGAUGAUCGUAGAAGCAGGGAACAACAAGACAGAUCAAUUUGCUUUGUUGGAGUUCAAGAAACAAAUUGAUGUUGAUCCGUAUGGAGCACUAAGUUCUUGGAACGAUUCCAUCCAUUUUUGCAACUGGGUUGGGAUCACUUGUGGCAGCCAUUUUCAUCAACAACAAAGGGUUAUCACCUUGGAUUUACAAGGGAAGGGCUUGGGAGAUUACAUAUCUCCUUCCAUUGGGAAUCUCACUUUUCUUCAUUACCUCCACAUUGGAAACAAUAGCUUCCAUGGCAAAAUCCCCCAAGCGAUCGGAGAAAUACCAGCUUCUUUUGGGAACAUUUCCUCCGUUGAAAUUAUCUCUUUGAGUGGAAAUGGACUGCGAGGGAGCAUUCUAGAAUCCUUUGGUCAGCUAACAAACUUAUACUUUCUAGCACUUACUAGAAACAAGCUAUCUGAGGUUUUGGACCUACGACGUAAUGGUUUUGUGGGUCAUAUUCCCAACUUUAUAGCCAAUCUCUCAACACGACUCUCAAUGCUUAUUUUGCAAGAGAAUCAUAUAUCUGGAAGCAUUCCUGCUGGGAUUGAGAAUCUUGUCAACUUAACCGAAUUGGACAUGAGUCAGAACUUUCUCGAAGGAACAAUUCCUCAAUCAUUGACUCUUUUGAAGGGGCUUCAAGAUUUGGAUCUCUCACAAAACAAUCUGUUCGGGCAAAUCCCGAAUGAUCUACAAAAUCUUUUAGCAUUGCGGAGUUUGAAUUUAUCCUUCAGUAAUCUUGAGGGGGAGGUACCAACAAAAGGGAUCUUUGCAAAUGCAAGUGCAAUUUUGGUGAAUGGAAAUGAUAAGCUUUGUGGGGGAAUUGAGGAGUUACAUUUGCCUACAUGCACAAACCAUGGAUUUACGAAACGAGGAAACGACCCUCCGUCCACUGCACCUACAAUAAUUGGUGUGGUUCUUGGUGUUCUUUUGAUAUCUUUCUUUCUUACUUGUUUUUGGUUAAGAAGAUCAAAAAGUAAACCUCCAUCCACACCAUUAAUUGGCGACCAGUUCUUAAAGGUUUCUUACAAAGAGCUCUUCCAAGCAACUGGAGGAUUUUCUUCGGCUAAUUUCAUAAGUUCCGGAAGUUUUGGCUCUGUAUACAAAUGGAUUAUUGAUCCAGAUGAAACCAUUGUCGCAGUCAAGGUACUCAAUCUUCAAAAUCCAAGAGUUUACAAGAGCUUUAUGGCUGAAUGCAAAGCAUUAAGAAACAUUCGGCAUCGAAAUCUUGUCAAGAUUAUAAGUUCCUGUUCAAGUCUUGAUUCAAAAGGCAAAGAUUUCAAAGCCCUUGUUUAUGAGUUCAUGCCUAAUGGGAGUCUAUAUGAUUGGUUGCAUUUGUCGGUGGAGGCACAUAAUCAUUCAAGGAAUUUAAGCCUUCUUCAAAAAUUAAACAUCGCAAUUGAUGUGGCUUCUGCAUUGGAUUACCUUCAUUAUCACUGCUAUGCGACAAUUGUUCAUUGUGACUUGAAGCCAAGUAAUAUUCUACUUGAUAGUAAUAUGACUGCACAUGUUAGUGAUUUUGGUUUGGCAAGGCUACUUUUAGAACUUGACAACAAUUCAUCCCAGGCUCAAACUAGUACCAUUGGGAUAAAAGGAUCUACUGGCAAUGCUUCUCCAGAAUAUGGCAUGGGUGGAAGGGCAACCAUACAAGGGGACGUGUUUAGCUAUGGGAUCCUUUUACUAGAGAUGUUGACGGGAAAAAGGCCAACAGAUCAGAUGUUUACUAAUGACUUAAAUCCCCAUAACUUUGCAAAGGCAGCUUUACCUGUGCACGUCAUGCAAAUUUUAGAUCCAACACUCCUACCUAAGGAAGAACAAAAUGAAGAAAUUGAAGAUGAUGCUAUUAACAGAACUGAAGGCCCUAAUCGUAGGAUGGAUAAAUUGCAAGAUUGCAUAACGUCAAUAAUUGAAAUUGCUCUCCAGUGCUCUAUGGAAUCGCCAAGAGAACGUAUGAGCAUGAAUGAUAUAUGUUGUGAGGGGACUACAUUUAAUUAG